AAACACUCUAUACGCUCACUUCCAAAUUGUUUUCAGAUCUCCUUUUGAUGUUUUUCUUUGCCAUUUUCUGAAUUUUCUCUGCUUUUCUCUACCAUUUGUUUGUUUUUUUAUACUUGUGUUGAUGGAUUACUGACAAACAACCAAACCGUAGUGUUUGUUUCUUUUCUGUAUUAUUACCAACAAGAACGGAUUCCUUCUCUGAUUUUCCUGCUUUAAUUUUCCUAUAUACUUGUGUGUUUAUGACCUCUUGAAUGUUUAAUCUCUGAAAGCUUGCAUCUUUAGUUAAGUCACUGAGUUUCAGAGCUUUAGACCAAGAAAAUAAGAGAAAGUUAGCAUCUUUAGAACUUUGUAUGAUCUUUGAGGUGAGUUGUUGUUGUUUCUUUCCUUCAUAAUGUCUUUGAUGUUCAAUUUGUAAUAAAAAAAAAGGCGUCUUUUUUAGUUUUUAGAAUGUUGGGAAAGAGGUCUAGAGCAAAGCAAGGAGGUUCAUCUCUGUUUUGUCCUGUAAAUUUUAAAGACUCUGGUGCUGCAAUGAGUCCCACAUCAAUACUUGAAACCAAACACUUCUCAAGACCAGUAGGACUUGGCAUUGUUGAUGCUCUCACUGAUGAUGAAGGUCAUGGCAAUCCUUUGAAUCAGGACUCUAGAAUGGUACUCUUUGGUUCUAAGCUCAAGAUUCAAGUCCCAUCUUCCAUUAAUGGCCCUUUUGGAUCUCCUCCUUCUUCUCCUAUAGAGUUUGGCAUCAAAACUAAAACUUCUCAGCUUGCUCUCUUCUCCCCUGCCAGGAGAUCCCCCACUCCUGAGAUUCUAAUGAGGAGUCUUUCCUCCAAAGAGAUUGAGCUCUCAGAGGACUACACUUGUGUGAUUUCUCAUGGUCCUAACCCAAGAACUACUCACAUCUUUGAUGAUUGUAUUAUUGAGACUUGUGGUGAUGGUUUCAUUGCUUCCAGGAAGGAGAAUGCUCUAACUGUUGAUGCUGCUGCUGCUGCAGCAGCAGCAGCAGCAACAACAGCUUCUUCUACUUGUGAUGAUUUUCUCAGCUUCUGCUAUGCAUGCAACAAAGCACUUGGACAGGGGAAAGACACUUUCAUGUACAGAGGUGAAAAAGCAUUCUGCAGCCAUGAAUGCAGGAAUCAAGAGAUGCUUUUUGAGGAAGAGUUGGAGAAAUUCUCACGAAAUUCAUCAUGCUGAUAUCCUUUGUUAAUCUUUUGUAAAUUCCACCUUUGUGUGUUUGUCUUGUCUUUCUGAAGUUCUUGUAGAUGUUUGGGUAUCCCAAAGUUUUUGGAGAAGUCUCAGAGUGUAGCUUUGUUGUAUGAAUUCUCAGAAAUCAUAUUUAAUUAAACUGGUUAAUAUUAUUAUUA